CCGCGGUUCAACUAAUUAAGACGGUGUGUGUUGAUUUUUCGUAUUUUACGCUAAUUAGAUGUGAAAGAAAAUUCAUUUAAAGUGUUUCGCAGUGGAAAAUUUAUACAAAAAUAAAAAUCGAUGUGAUUAAUUUGCGGAUCAAAUAAAAAGUUACCAACGUUGGAUUCGCAAAAAUUUAUAUUUUCGAUGCCGCCAACUGUUAUAUCACCAACGGUGUUAACGGGUCCACGAUAUAACUCAGACAUGGUGCUGGAAUCGACGGAGACGACACAGUCGAAUAAUCAUAGUAUUUGCAGUCCGCCGUUGCAGUGGUUCUACAUGCCAGUGGGACAGACAGGGGAUGCCUUAUCGCCUUCAUCGAAAGUUUGUCCGCCAGUGUGGCGUCCCUUUCCAACAGCACAAACGUACCCCUAUAACGGCAAUUAUAAUCCCACAUCUCCCAUCAAUACGUCGCACGAUCCAACGUUUGACUUGUGCGACCAAUUCAAUGAGUUAUGCAUCGACAAUUACAAGCAGAAGCCCUUGAGAAUUCCGCCAGCGAAUUAUUUGUGUCAUUUGUGUUUCAAGAAAGGACAUUACAUAAGGGAUUGUCCACAAGCACGUCCCAGAAUUGAUGGAAAAACUCCGUAUCAGGGCAAAAGACGCUGUUUUGGAGAGUACAAGUGCCCGAAAUGCAAAAGGAAGUGGAUGAGUGGCAAUUCAUGGGCAAAUAUGGCGCAGCAAUGUAUCAAGUGUCAAAUGAAUGUUUAUCCACACAAACAGAGACCUUUGGAGAAACCAGAUGGCCUCGAUGUCUCCGACCAAAGCAAGGUGCAUCAACAAAUGUUGUGUGAAAUGUGUCGACAGCUCGGUUUCUACUGCCGUCGUGUCAGAUAAUAAUCGAAUUUUGUAGCGUAAUUUAUUAUUUUUAUGAAUCUUAGAUGAAAUUGGUAUAAAAAAUCGUUGUGGAAAGGAUAAAAAUUGAACAAAAUAUUUAUAUAAAUAUAUUAACCAAAGACAGAGAGAGACAUGGUAGAAUAGAAGGUUGCUUACAUAUUAUUGAAUAUUAUUUUAUGAAACGUUUUAAGUUGU